AUGGCAGGAACAACAAACCCCGCGGAUAAGGGGCUCACAGGUCCAACGGAAACCACAAACCACAUCAACAGCGCGCGCAGUGAUGUUUCACUUGGCUCAAGUCUAUCUGGGAUUGUUCCUGUGACGAAGAUACCUGCUCUAGACACUAUCGACCAGUAUGUUGCCGAAGGAUCACCGGACGAUCCAAUUGGACAAAGUCCCUGGCGAAGGAUCAACCAAGGCGAUGUUAGCGGAGAACUCGCGACAGGAUUGAUCGAAGGCUACGCUCGAUUUGUAUGCGCUCUCACCGGUCUCGAAGAUGUUGCUUUUGCCGUCUUGUGCCAGGCUUCGACAAGACCUUCGCAGGCUCUGAUUUGCGCUUCCGUGACCGUGACCGACCAAGAGAAGGAGGUGCAGUCAGCAGGGCAAUGUGCAGUGCGCGAACUCGACUUUUCAUACUACAACAGAAGCGAGGUCCAGUUCGCUCUGGACUUAGCUUUGACUGGUGGUCCCGAGAACAGAACGACCGGUCUGAGCACUCUGGCAGAGAGAGAUUGUCUCUCGUUGUACGUUCGGAGUUCCACCGACGGACUCUGCAUCAGUUUCACUUAUCCAAAGCGGCUGAUCCCAGAAGCAGCAGUGAGUCAGCUGCUGAAGACGAUUACGUUCCACAUAACGCAAACCACUGGAUGUCUACGAUCUACAGGAGCUUGGCCGGAUGAUCCAACUCCAGACUUAUCUAUCCUUAAUUUUCCCCCUCUGAUGAUACCCCCUCCACGAGAUCAUGAUUCUGCGACAAUGUCGCGCCGUUCCAAACCAUUCCUUCUUCAUUCUGCUUUCGAGGGCUGGGCCCAGAAAAGUCCAACUUCUAUUGCACUAGACUUCGUUCAUUCUUUGCCAUCGGGCAGCUCCAUGGCGGAGCAUAGCACCCUAACCUAUGCUGCUCUUAAUGCCGCAGCCACCGACUUGGCAAUCCAUAUCAGGAGACUCCUCUCAGACGAUACGCGCAAUACUGGCAGUCGCAUCAUUCCUGUCUAUAUGUCAACUUCUCCCGAGCUUUACAUUUCAUAUCUCGGAAUCCUCAAAGCCGGUUAUGCAUUUUGCCCCAUUCCCACAAAUGCUCCAGCUCAGCGAGUCUGUGAAAUUCUUCAGGAUAUCGACUCCUCUGUAAUACUUGGCGACGCUGAGGAACCGUCUGCUGCGCCAUGGCUCCCAGAUGCAGCCGAUGAGACAACGUCAAAGCCAACUUGGGUCAACGUGGCUGAAGUCUCUAGAUGGAAGCACUUCUCCGGGGAGGAUACUGAGAUUGCAACCGAAGACCGAUUGUUUGAGCCUCCAGACAUCGACGAUAAUGAGAUUGCCUACCUUCUUUUUACAAGUGGGUCCACGGGCAAGCCCAAGGGCGUACAAGUCAGUCACCUUGCAGUUACCUGUUCAAUAGAGUCCCACGCUACAGCCAUCCCGCUUCCUGGGACCUCGGCUGGCGAUUUCCGGUGGUUCCAAUUCGCGUCGCCUACGUUCGACCCUUCUCUGAUGGAAAUAUUCGUCACGCUGAGUAGCGGCGGAACUCUCUGCUCGGCAUCGCGGAACCUGACGCUUACUGACCUGGAAGGAACAAUCAACGAGGCCAGAGCUACCGUGAUGAUGGCAACCCCUAGCCUAGCAGCACUCCUUCGACCCUCCCGGUUGACUACCCUUCAAUCUUUGUGGACAAUGGGAGAAAAGCUCAAUCGAACAGUCAUCGAAAACUUCACUCAAAAGGCGCACAAUAACGAUCUGAACGGGGACUCUGUUCCAACAUCAAGGCUGUUAGUCAACGCAUAUGGUCCCACCGAAGCAGCCAUCAACUGCACAUUCCUCGCACCGGUCGAGUAUCAUACCCGUGGGUCAAUCAUUGGCGAGCCACUGCCCACAUGCUCAAUGUUUGUCCUGGAUCCAGCCUCCCAUACCCCCAAACCUAUUCCAGCUGGUCUUGCUGGAGAACUUGCAAUUGGAGGACCUCAGGUCAGCCAAGGCUACUUGAAUCGCCCGGAAGAAACCGCCAACUCCUUUGUCCAUAGCCCUGAGUACGGAUACCUCUACCGAACUGGGGACUUGGCUCGCACUGUCUGGGACGAGAAAGGAGCGCAAGUCAUUGAGUUCCUUGGGAGAAUCACAUCUGACCAGGUGAAGAUCAGCGGUCGUCGAGUUGAGUUGGGGGAGAUCGAGUCUGUCCUUGCCACAUUGACUGGAGUGCGCGAGGUCGUGGCGGUGGUCCCCAAGCGUGAUGCAACGGUACAAGGCAGUGAGCAAAUUGUAGCAUGCAUUGUGACGGACUCCCCUACUGAAGACGCACUACGGGAAUUCGUACGAUUGGCUGAUGAAUGUACACAUCGUCAUCUUGCUGCAUAUAUGUGUCCGUCUUCCUAUGUCUUCUUUGACUCAAUCCCGCGAACAAGCUCUGGUAAGGUCGACCGUAAUUCUAUCGACAGCAUGUUGCAACAAGGCGAAGAUAGCGGCAUGAAGUUCUACAUGGCCUCGAACGAAGUUUCAGAAGCGCGGGGCACGGCGCGGGGCGAGUGGGACGCGCUUGAGGAUGAGAAAGCUCUGGAGCUACGAACCCUAGUCCUCAAUCUCAUCGCACAGACCACUGGCCAGGAUAUCUCUGUGAUCAAACCCAAUACGAGUCUCUACACACUGGGAUUGGACUCGCUGGGCGCGAUGCGGUUAUUACAGAAGCUGAGAGAUCAAUCCAUCCACAAUUUAUCUGUGGGAGAUGUACUACAGUCAAAUACCGUUAACGGGCUUCUCGCACUCAUCCUGAACGGUAAAGCGAAUCUAAGAGGACUUACCCAUGGACAGCUUGUGGAUGAUUCAUGUAUGUCCCUGGCGGAGCACCUGCAAGCAUUUAACGACACGAACCUGUCAACAUGCGCGGAACGGGUUGGCAUCAGCCCCGAGGGAAUUCAGACCGUCCUGCCCACAACAGAAACGCAGUCUGGUAUGCUAACGAGCUUUUUACGUACCUCAGCCGAUAGCUCAUUUGCUACUCGGUCGUACAUCUAUCAUUCUGUGAUUUCGCUAGAGCCUCAUGUGGACAUUGAGCGGCUCAAGAAGGCCUGGGAGUCUGUGAUCGCAAGUUAUGAUUCCUUCCGAACGAGGUUCUGCUGGAUUGACGAUGGCAUGGCUCCUUUUGCGCAAUGUAUCCUCAAAGAAGAGGCAGCAUCUGCACCGAAGUGGGCUGUCUAUCAUACUUCCGGGGACUCCAUGCGGAAAGAUAUCCUGACUGGGGCGGUUCGAGAAGCCGAAAACACAAUUUCCCUUGACUCCCCGUGGAAACUAUCAUUGCUUGAGUCUUCAGCUGACAAGGUCAUCAUAUUGAGCAUGUUCCACGGUAUAUUCGAUGGGGGUUCGUUGCAACUUCUCUUGGAAGACGUGUCUUCCGUUUAUAAUGGACAGCCGCCAGCACGCAGAACGUCGUUAGAGCAUGUUGUUGUAAACCAUUUUCAGGCGAACCAAACAGCAACAUCGAACUUUUGGAAGGAAUACCUCAACAACUAUUCGCCAAUUGCUUUCCCUUCUCUUACCGCCUACAGACCUCCAGCUGUUAAGACUACCGACUGUGUCGAAAUCACUCCUCGCACGACCCAUGACAUUCUUAAGCAACGAUCCAGAACAAUCGGGUCCACACCACUUUCUGUCCUGCAGGCGGCCUGGGCCUCUCUUCUACUCGCGUAUACUGGAACGCAAGAUCAAGACGUGGUCAUGGGAAGUGUUGUAUCUGGACGUUUUGAUCCUGACUCCGAAAUCUGUAUUGGUCCGACUUUCACGACGAUUCCUACCAGGUUGACGCUAGGCCAGAUUCCCAAAGCCGGGGGAAAAUUGUGGACAAACAAAUCUGUCGUCGCUCAUUUAGCGAGUCUGAACGCAAAAGCCCUAUCCCAUCUACAACCGCGUCUCGGAUCGUUAGUCACCGCUGAGAGUAGACUUCCCUAUGACACGGUUCUUGCCUACCAGGACUUCAGCGCCGGCUCCAGCACCAGUAGUAUAUGGAAGACAAUCGAUCAUCCCCCAAUGGCGAACGAUUACGCCGUGAUGAUUGAGGUUUGGCCUGCCGCAGACUCGUCAUUGACCCUGCGCGCAAGCUUCGCUCUCUCUCAGUUGGACCGCGACGGGGCCGAGGUGAUGCUUCAUCAAUUGGACGACAUCAUUGCCUUUAUUCUUGAGAAUCCGGAUGGAGAUUUCGAGAAUGCUCUGUUGUAUACCCGUCCUGAUCUCAAGGCAUUAUACAACCCAAUGCCCAAGGAGGCCGAUGAAGUUUUGGAUGGAGAUCUGAUACAUACCAAAUUUGAGGAUCAUGCAAAUUCACAUCCAGACGACAUGGCGCUUCUAUUCAAGUAUGACCUCGAUGAUGACGGAAAUCCGCAGAACAUCUCAUGGACGUACGGGGAGCUCAAUGCACGGGCUGAUAAUUUGGCAGCAUAUCUUUGCGAGACGUACGACCAGUUGACAAACACAGUAGUACCCAUUUGUAUCGAGAAGAGUCCGGCGAUGUAUAUUGCAAUUUUGGGUAUUCUCAAAGCUGGCGGCGCAUGGUGCCCCAUUGACACAUUUUCCCCCGCACAGCGUCGGCACGAUCUAAUCAAACGAACUGGAGCUAGAGUACUCCUCGUCUCCAGUGAGGAUGGAGAGCAACCCAAGGAUGCCAUUCCCAUCGAUAUCGACAUCGUUGAUGUUAGGAAAUACGCUGAUCCGCUGGUGAGUUGGCCGAGCGUCGGCCGAGGCAGCUCGAAGAAACUGUCGAGUCCGGCGGGCCUUGCAUACCUGAUUUGGACGAGUGGAACCACUGGUGCUCCUAAGGGCGUGCCUAUCACGCACUCGGCUGCUGUGUCCUGUUUCAAGUCGCUCAAGAAGGACAUACCAUCCGACGUUUCUGGCGGUGUUGUGCGAUGCUUGCAAUUCUCUCAAUACACAUUCGAUGUGUCAAUCCAGGACCUCUUCUAUGCGUGGAGCCUGGGAGGGGUGCUCAUCUCUGCGACUAGAGAGAUCAUGCUUGGCUCGUUCGCAAAGCUGGCGAAUACCACCCGAGCAACCCAUGCGCAUCUGACACCUGCCUUCGCUGCUGGUGUGCCGAGAAAUAGUUGUGAAACGCUGGAGGUAAUUACCAUGAUUGGCGAGAAGCUAACACAGCAUGUUGCUGACGACUGGGGCACUAAUAUGAGAGCAUACAACACAUAUGGCCCGGCAGAAGUGACAAUCGUUUCAACCGUCCGAGAAUUUGGGAACGAGUACAUGAACAUUAAGAGCGCCAAUGUUGGCUGGCCCAUGGAAAGCGUCUCGGUUUUCGUCACGAGGAAUCGGCAAAUUGUGAUGAAAAACGCAGUUGGGGAGUUGGCGCUGGGUGGUCCACAACUUUCUCCGGGAUACUUGAAUCAAGAGGAUGUCACCAAGGCGAAGUACGUCUGGAGCGAAGAAGCUGGACAGAUUCUCUACUACACAGGAGAUCUUGUUCGGAUGCUCGCUGACGGGUCGCUGGAGUUCAUGAAUCGUGUUGACGACUUGGUGAAACUUGGUGGCAUUCGGAUUGAAUUGAGCGAGAUCAGCUUCGCGCUGGGUGGUUGCCACCCACUGGUUGAGAAUAUCGAGACGCUCUAUAUUGACCGCCCAGAUCGACCAAGCAAGGUCCUCGUUGCUUUCCUCUCUGCCUCGAAUGCGACUGGAGCUGAUGCUGGUGAUGACCUUCUACUACUCAAUGAGUCUGCUCUGCAGAUUGCUCUCUCUUCACGCGAGAAGGCGCAUACGGCUCUCCCUGCUUAUAUGAUUCCGUCCGUGUACCUCGUCGUGAAGCGCAUUCCUCGCACGCAAUCCGCUAAAACAGAUCGUCGCGCGCUGCAAGCUGCAUAUGCUUCAGUGGAUAUUGAGGACUGGGAGAAUCGGAUGAAUCCUGAAAACAAUGCUACAGGUCACCCGACAGACGACCCAGUGGCAUCCAACGCAAUGGAAAAGAUUGUGCAAAUGAUAGCCUCCCUUAUCAAUAUUUCACCUUCGGUUAUAACUAAAGCGAGCAGGCUUAGAAGUCUAGGUAUUGACUCUAUCCACGCAGUUCGUCUCGCAUCAAGACUCAAAGAGGCCGGGUAUCAACUUUCUUUCAUUGAAGUCAUCAACUGUGUCACAGUACAGGAUUUGAUCCGACUAUCCACAUCCUCUCCCGAGGCUGAUGCAGCGCCGGCUGCCGAGUUUGAUAUUAACCUCUUCAAUGAUCAGUGGCACGACAUCGUGGCCUCGAAGGUUGACGGCGAAUUUUUCACCGUGAGAGCAACCCCGAUCCAGGAGAGCCUGUUGAGUGAGACAAUGGGUACUUAUAACCUGUACUGGAGUAAUCACUUCUUUUCUCUUGACCGAUCUGUUGAUGUGACACGGUUGAAACAGGCUUGGCUUGCACUUUGUCAAAAGAACGAGGCCUUGCGAACUGGGUUCAUUCCAGUUGCCGAGGUGGAUAACAGCUCUCGCAAGGAUGAUCUGGACUUCUCUAUCUUGCAAGUUCUUCAUGAUCACCCCACUCUCGAUUGGGAGUAUGUGGUGUGCGAGGAGCAUGAGUGGGAUCGAUUGCUUCACUCUCGCAUCGAAGAUAUCAUAAAGGCGCACCAGAAGACAUAUUUCAAGCAGCCUCCCUGGGCAGUUACUGUUUUGGACAAGGGCAUAGAGAGGGUUAUGGUACUGACUAUCCACCAUUCUAUCCAUGAUGGACCUUCCUUAGAUCUGAUCGAAAAGGAUCUGCGCUCUGCGUAUACCGGCAAGCCACCCUCCAGGUAUCAACUUAGGAGCGCGCUUUCCAAGAUCCUUUUGACAGAGGAAAUGGCGGCUGGGAACCGAAGCUUCUGGAACUCUGAGCUACAGAAAUACUCUGAGCUUGAUGCCCCGGCCUGGCCGGACUUGACAGGGAAGAGGAUGCCAGAGACCGCCGCACAGGAGCACAAUCUUAUCUCCGAGCAAAUACGCAUGACGGAGCCUCUUGAAAAGCUUCAAUCCAUCUCGGCCGAGCUGGGUGUCUCCUCCAUUGCUUCGCUCAUUCGUGCGGCAUGGGGAUUCGUGUCUCUGAGUUACCUUGGCGUUCCAGCGGCUGUGUUUGCUGAGACAGUUUCUGAUCGUGUACUGCAUGCUGACCUCGACAAUGGCAUUGGUCCCUUGAUUUCCGUUGUGCCAGUGCCAUUUGAUCCCAAAGGAACUGCCCGGGAGGUUCUUGCAGAACAGCAGCGUAUCUCUACCCAGUCGAGGAAGUACCGCCAUAUACACGCUCGCGAGGUGCGCAGGAUGUUAAAACGGCCUCGUGGUGAGCCCUUGUAUCCGGCAGUAUUCGCCUUCCACCCGGCAGGUGCAGAGGCCGGCGCCACGACUGAUCCCGGCCUGUGGCGUGAGCUUGAGGAUCGAAUUGGGUUGCACGUGGAGCACCCUAUGGCAUUCAAUGUACUGCAGAAUGCUGAUGGAUCCCUGAUCCUAGAAGCGUUUUCCGAUGCAUCUCUCAUGAGUCAUGAACACCUCUCUAUCUUUGUCCGUCAGGUUGACAGUCUCGUCAGCGCGAUGUUGGUGAACCCAGACAAGGAGCUACGUGAACUCAUCAACCACCUUCCCCCCUCACUCAAAUCCAAAUCGUCGCAGCAUGUGACUGAGGCGGUUAGAAACUCAGUUACCCUCAGCCCAACGCACUGGCUGGAGCUCAACGCCAGGGAACAUCCGGAGUGGACAGCCGUCGAAGUGGCCAGCAGCAUCAGCGCAAGCGGUAUCGAGAAGCAAAGUAUGAGCUAUGGUACGCUCAAUGCUGCCGCGAACUGCGUGGCGGCCUUUAUCGCCUCUCUGGGAUACAAAAAUAGAAUGAUUGCGGUUUGCGCUGGGCGAAAUCUUCCUUCUUACCCCGUCAUUGUCGGUGUCUUCAAAUCAGGGAAUACAUAUCUCCCCAUUGACGAUAACCUCCCAAAUGAUCGAAAAGCAUUCCUCAUCGAGGAUGGAAACUGCCCGCUUGUCUUCACCGAGACCGCAUUUGCGGCCACAUUCUCAGAUGUCCCUGAGACGUGCCGUGUGAUGUGCAUUGAUCAUCCCUCUUUCGUCGAUUCGCUGGCAGGCAUGCCCACCGACAAUCGGGCUUAUGCAAGUGCUCCACAAGAUAAUGCCUACCUGCUUUACACGUCAGGCUCUACAGGAAAGCCUAAGGGUGUCAUGGUGUCAAGGGCGAAUCUGUCGGCAUUCAUUGAAUCGUUCUCGGAAUUCGUUUGUCGAGUGGCGCCAUCCACUCUGGAACUUGGUGGUCGAGGCCGAUAUCUUGCACAGGCCAGUCGAGCGUUCGAUGUCCAUUUGUUGGAAAUGUUCUUCGCCUGGCGUCAUGGCAUGGCCUCCGUAACUGCCGAGCGAACAAUGCUUUUGGAUGACCUUCAGUUGACAAUCACGAAGUGGGGCAUUACUCAUGCCAGCAUGGUGCCAUCUUUGGUUGACCAGACGAAUCUACGGCCUGAACUUUGCCCGGAACUCAAGUACCUGAGUGUUGGGGGAGAGAAGAUUUCGAAGAGAGUGUUGGACACUUGGGCUGGGUUGCCGCAUGUUGCCCUGGCAAAUGCGUAUGGACCAACAGAAGUCACUAUCGGUUGCACAUUCGCCCUUGUUGGCAAAGAAACCACCAUUCGGAAUAUUGGGCCUCCCUUGAGUGCCUGCGCGUGCCAUGUUCUAAUCCCCGGAACUAUGGACUAUGCCCUUCGUGGUCAAACGGGAGAAUUGUGUUUCACCGGUGACAUUGUGGGCAACGGAUAUCUAAACAGGCCGGAUGCGACUGGGUUUGUGCAAGGCCCUGACGGCGAAAAGAUGUACAGGACCGGUGACAUUGGUCGCUUGAUGAGCGAUGACUCUGUGGAAUACGUUGGUCGAGGCGACGACCAAACCAAGAUCCGCGGGCAGCGGUUGGAACUCGGGGAGGUCUCAGAGGUUAUUCGUUCCUCUUCUCCUGUUGAGAUCGGCGUGGUCACCACGGUUGCGAAACACCCCGGUCUCGCGAGACCACAGCUCAUCUCGUUCAUUGCCCGAGCUGGGGAUAGGAGCCGUCAGCGUAGCGGAGAUGCAACUAUAAUUCACUCUGACCUGGCGACGCUGGGCAAGGAACUCCGGGACGCCUGCCAGCGGAAGCUGCCAGCCUACAUGGUUCCCGAGAUCAUCCUGCCUAUCACCUUUAUCCCGCUGGCCCCAAUGUCAGGAAAGGCAAAUAUCAAGGAGCUGCACAGCAUGUUCUCAAGCUUGCCUCUUCCGAGCAUUCUACUAGGAAACAAUCCGGGAACUAGCGAUACUGCUGCUUUUACUGGUAGGCCUUUGACUUCCGACGAAGAAGCUGUAGUCAACGAAAUCUGUGCUGUGAUCAGGAUUGAACGCGAGAAUAUCAAUCCAUUGACAAAUAUUUUUGAGAUCGGCUUGGAUAGCUUAAGCGCAAUCAGCCUAUCGGUGAAGCUUCGGAGGAUAGGAUAUGACGCUACUGUUGCCCUUGUGAUGGGCAACCCAGUCGUCGAGCAGCUUGCUCAGCUCCCCAGGAAGUCAACCGAGGCCGCGGCAGAUCCGCACAAUUCAGAGUUGACGAAGAGACUCGCUGAGCUCGAGGCAGAGUACCACAAGAGCUAUACCCGGGCUGCGAAUUCUGGGCAGGUAGUCGUACGGCCAUGUCUUCCUCUUCAGGAGGGUCUUGUUGCACGAUCCAUCAACAGUGAGAGAGACCAGCUCUACGUCAACCAUAUUGCUCUCACGCUCGAUCCCGGUCUUGAUUCUGAGCGAUUGAGGUUUGCAUGGCAAGAUACUGCUGACAAUAAUGAGAUCCUCCGGACUUUCUUUGCUCCUUUGGAGAAAGAGAUUGUUCAAGUUGUUCUCACGCCUGGCGGUGCAAUGUCAUGGACGGAAGACGCAUACGACAGCCUCGAGGACUGCAUCACACAGCAAAGAGCGAAGCAGCAAGAGAUUUCUCGCGGUAUCAUUAAAAAUAUCACAGACGUCCCUCCAGUACGAUUCCAUCUGGCAACAUCGUCAUCGAAGCAUCCGUUGGUUUUGUUCAUCGCAAUUCACCACGCGCUCUAUGACGGCGAAUCAUUCUCGAUGCUCCUGGAGGACGUUGCAGCGCGUUACGUAGGAGAGCCUGUGACCCAGCGAGGCUCGCCAGCUGCCUUCAUCAACCAUGUAUAUGGUCAGAACCUGGAGAAGGCCCAGCAACACUGGGUGAGCUCGUUGAGUGAUUGUCGGCCUACAAUCUUCCGUGUUGACACCGGUGUUGUAGAGGAGACCACCUUCGUAAACAGAAAGCUCGGUGCCGGCCUGGCUAAACUUGAACGCCUUUCAGCCGACUUGCACACCACUGUUCCAUCUCUGAUGCAAGCACUCUUCGCGCUUCUCCUGGCUGAUAGAGUCAACUCGUCCGACGUCACUUAUGGACUUGUGCUCUCUGGUCGAGCUGUGGCGGUCCCUGAUGCAGAUUCCGUGCUCCUGCCUUGUAUUACAACCAUUCCGGCUCGAUUGAAUACCAGUGGCUUGACAACCGUCGCUGAUGUUGUCCGGUCCGUUCACCAAUCAACCGCCCGGUCUCUUGAGUAUCAGCACACCUCACUGCGUCGUAUCCAACGUUGGCUGAAGUCGGAAAAGCCUCUCUUCGACUGUCUGUUCUCCUACAUCCGCAGCACACCAGCACCCAAGCAGACUCUCUGGGAACAGCUUGAGAGUACCAUGCCUUCCGAGUACCCGCUUGCUGUCGAAAUCGAAGCGAAUAAUGAGACGGGCGAAGUGUACGUUCACUGUGGCUUUUCGCCAUCGUUCGGUUCGGCCGACCGCGGGCAAGAACUUCUUGAGAAACUAGACGCACUGUUAUCGGCCUUCUUGUCUGGAGACGACAUUGCAUUGGACAGCUUCAGCCUUGCUAACUCUGGGAAUUCCGGUUCACCUGCAAAUGAGGUGAAAUGGGACGCAACAACCUGGUCUACGACUGAGACGAAAAUUCGUGACCUCACUGCGACUUUCUGUGGACUUGACGUGGUGAACGUGUCGAAGGGGACGUCAUUCCUCAGCCUCGGUAUUGACUCAGUGACGGCUAUCCAAUUUGCACGGAAACUCCGCGAGCUGCAGUUUGAAGUCGCGCCGUCAGAUAUCAUGCGCUUCCCUUGUGUUGGUGCAUUAGCCAAACACAUCGAUGAGCGUUCAAGUGGGGGACGUCAAUCGGCACGCUCUGGAGACAAAAAGCCCAGAGUCUCGCUUGCUGCUCAUCGUGACAACGUUCGUCUUCUUGGUGAUGGAGAUUCAGUGGCGGCAAUAUUUGAAUGCACGCCUCUGCAAGCGGGCAUGAUCACUCGGACCCUGGGAUCUGACACUCAGGUUUAUGUACAUCCCCACAUUGUUCGACUUACCGAUGGUGUUGACAUUGAUCGUCUCAAUGAGGCCAUUGCAGAGGUCGUCGCGAAGAACGAUAUUCUCCGGACCUCGUUCCACCCCAUCGCUGAGAAUGGAGUGACCUGGGUUGGUGCGGUCCACGCAAAUCCUCCUCUACAGUGGAAGGAGAUCACAUUGUCUUCGAACCCGGAUGUCAUCGCCGAGCUAACCUCUCUCUACUCUUUCCGGGAAGUCGCCGAUUUCGAGACUCCACCAGUCAGAUUUGUGCUGGCUCAUCGCGAAAGCGAGAAAGUUUUCGUUGUCCUCAUGCAUCAUGCUCUUUAUGAUGGUGUCUCACUGCCUCUCCUCUUUGAGGAUUUGACCGCUGCUUACCACAAUCAAGCUACGGCAGAGCGGCCUCAAUUUUCUGAGAUUGCCCACUACAUCGUGGAAGGUCAGAACGACUCUUGUGAUUUCUGGACCAAGAAACUGGCUGGCUAUGAGCCUGUCGAGAUUCCGGCGCUCUCCUCAUCCGAUGCUACUGAGCGCAUGCUUCUUUCAGAGCGCAAAAUCGGCCUUGACGUGGAGAAGGUCGUUGAAAGUUGCAAGGCCAUGGAGGUAACCGUUCAAAGCGUCGCCCUCUUGGCAUAUGCAAAGGUCCUCGCUUGCCUGGUCGGGAAACGCGAUGUUGUCUUUGGUCAAGUUCUCGCUGGUCGCUCAUUACCAGUUCCCGGUGCCGACCAGACUAUUGGCCCGCUGUUUAACACUGUAGCUCAGAGGGUCUCGUUUGAGCCUAAAUUCUUGAGCAACCGCGAGAUAGCGCAACGAGUCCAACAACUUACCUCUGAGUCACAGGCUUUCCACCAUGCGCCUUUGAAGGAUGUGCAGAAGGCUCUGAGGCAGGAACAUGGCAUGAAUGCUGCCACGCUGUUCGACACACUUUUUGUAUUCCAGAAAAGUGCCGAUCUCACAACAGACACGCCGCAUGAGCAGCAGAUAUGGAGACCCUUCGAAACGGACGGAUACGCCGCGCAGGCUGAACAUAAACUCAAUGUGGAGGUAGAUCACGGUCGAGAGGCUAUUUUCGUCAGCGCCUCGGGCGACGGACGCUACAUUUGCCAACAGGCGCUUGAUGAGUUCAUGACGGAUUUCUGUACAGCAUUCCAAGAUAUCAUUGAUCAUCCUACCCGAUGCGCCACUGCUGCACCGGAGCGGCUUGGGGGACUGCCACUUCGGCUGUCUAGGGCUGAGGAACCUGAACGAGGUCACAGCGAGUCCGAUGCUCCUGCACACGAGUCGACUGUUCGUGACGUCCUCGCUGAGGUGGCUGGCGUUUCAGUCGACAGCAUCACGCCAAGCACCAGCAUUUACAACAUUGGUUUAGACUCAUUGUCUGCCAUUCGAAUCGCUUCAAUUUGCAGAAGCAGAGGAUUAAAGGCGAGUGUAGCUGAUGUUUUGCAAGGAAAUACCCUACGGGGUAUCAGUGCACGGAUUGCAUCAACCGUCGAGGGACUCAUCCAACCUCAGGGGCCCUUGAUCGAAGAUCAUGAAGCCGUUGAAAAGGCAGUUCUUCAGCGGCUCGGACUAAACAAGGACGCAGUCGAGACCAUCCUGCCAUGUCUCAGCGGUCAGCUGUACCAUCUUGCCAGCUGGCUAAAGUCCGGCCGAACCUUGUUCGAACCUGCCUGGUCUUACUACAGCAGUGAGCGUAUCGAUAGUGGGAAGCUUGAGGAGGCGUGGAACCAGCUCCGUCAACGACAUCACAUUCUUAGAACUUGCUUCGCGGCGACUUCACCAUCAAUGGCUGUACAGAUCGUGCUUAAAGACGCACCACAGAACGCGGAGAUAUUCAAGGUCAUCGAGUCUCCUGCAUGCAUUGAAGAAGCAGCAAAAGCCCAAGCUAGGGAAGAGGGGCUGAAUCCAUCAUCUUUGUUUGUCCCUCCUGUCCGCCUCCGUCUUCUGAAGGCUAGCGACAAGGACGGAAUUCAAAUUUUCAUCAAUCACGCUGCAUACGAUGCGUGGACCAUGCCAAUGCUUGUCUCUGAGCUCGCACAGCUCUACCGCGGACAAUCAGUCGAGUCAAACCCAGACUUCCCAUCUUUUGUCGAACACGCCACGCGCUCCCUGCGAGAAGCCGACGAACAAACCUACUGGUCUUCGCAGGUCGGCUCCAGCCUUCCCACGCUCAUCAAGCCAACGUACCAGGGACUCCCCAGGCAAUCAUUUGUCGGCGUAUGGGAGAAGGUCAAGAACCUGUCUCAGCUAGAUAGGACCUGUCGUUCCGCAGGCCUCAGUCUACAGAGCGUCGUCCUACUGGCCGUAUCCCGCUCUCUCGCAAGAAUGACCGGUGUCCAAAACCCCACUAUCGGCUUGUACCAAACAGGUCGCUCUGCCUCGUUCAAUAACAUCGAGAAUCUCUCCGGACCCUGUCUAAACGUUACACCGUUUACAUUCCCCAGCCCCGGACCAACAGCUGAGAGCAACGCGUUGGACCAAGUGCAAGCAAUCCAAAACUCUCUUGCUGAACGCGUCCUCUACGAGCAGAGCUGUCUCCGCGAUAUCCUGGACAGCUGGGCCAGUACGAAAGGCAAAGGACCACUGUUCAACACCUGGGUUAAUCUCCUCUGGAUGCACCAGCCCUCUACUCGAGGUGAUUCAAAAUCACACACAGAUCUCGAUCUCUUCCAGCCUCUGCGGAUCGGUGUGCCAACGGACUUCAUUCCCGCUACCCCGUUACCGGACCCAAGCGGGGAGACGACCUCCAUCUCGGCGUUGGAUACCUCAUACCUACCUGAUGAAAAUCUGUAUAUUGAUAUUGGGCCUGAUUAUAGUACCGACACCAUCGGGUUUGGUGUCCGUGUAGAAGGUGGACUUUUGACUGAGAAGGAGGUGCAUGAGAUGGUGGAUGAUGUUAGUGGUGAGAUUGAGGGGAUUAUGGCUGCCAUCCAGUGA